CAGAAGCAGCCGUCAACGACAACUGAGUGAAAGAUAAUAUAUCGCCAGCGAACCAACCACAAAGUGGUUGGCGAUGUGUUGAAGAGAACAAAUAUGAAAUUUAUAUACAAAUAUAUUAGGUGCAACAGUCUCUAAUUCUGCCAAAGACUAUAUCGAAAGGAAGCAUGGAAAUACUUAAGCGCGUGAGAACCAAUCGUCGUACGAAAAACUCUCCAUCAAAAAGUUGGCCAGCUCCAGAUUUCACACCACAAAUAGUAUGCUAACUGGGCAAAGUUUUAUGCGACUUUGCUGUCGUGUUGUGCGGUUCGCAUUUCCCAUUUUCCUGUUUUCGCAUUUAAUUACCAAUAUAAUCCCUUAGACACGAGUGCAAUCGACAUGACAGCCUUGAAAGUUUUGCUCCUUUGCCAAUUCCGCUCGACGAAAUGAAUCGACUUGAGCUGGCUCUCUGCAGCCUGCAGCUGACAGUCGACAGCCAACAGUCGACAGUUGAGUCAAGUCAAGAGCCAUGAUCCAAGUCGAAAUGUGCUAAUGGAGCCCCAAUUGCCAAGCAGCGGGAGGUCAAGCACCCUGGACACUUAGAGCAGGCUUAUUCAGUCAGCGUUCAGGAAGAAUCAAAAACUAACUGAAUUGAAAGCAAAUUUCUUAAUAUCGAAAAAUAAACGAGUUGAAACAUUCAGAAAUCGAAAUGUGAAGAAGUUACACAAAAAUAUUUGUCAAAAUUGUCAAUUAAUAAAAGGUUAAAAUUACAACGCCAAGCAAAAAACUCUAGUUAUUCUAAGCUAUUUAAGUUCACUUUCGGCCUCAAGUCCAUUGUUUCAGUAUGAUUAAAUAUCAUUGUUAAAUUUUAGAUGCAGAUAAAUACUACGAAGAGCUACGCCUUAACAAGUUAAACGACUCUGGUAAACCUCGCAGUUGUAGGAGCAAAUGUUGCGCAGUAUUUAGACAUACGAAACGCUUGUAAACCGGAUAGAGCUGUAAGGCAAAUAAAAAAAGAGUAAGAGAUCUCCAGCCGGGCUAUGUACUGCCAGGAAAUGCUGCUGCUGGCAUGCCUUGUGCUGCUGUUGGGUGGUCAGCCCCACUUGACCUCAACCACAACGACGACCACUUUGGUGGCGGCCAUGACGAUUGCGAAUCAGGAUCUGGAGCGAUAUUUUCGACCAGCGAAUGCGACGCACUCGUAUACCAGCAUAGGCGAGGAGCGCCUCACUAUGGACUUUUACAACUUCGCCUUUCUCAAUUGGUCCUAUGUGGAUAGCCAGAACAUUGGCAGGGAAGUCGACUUUUCCGAAGAGAAAGCCCGCUACGGCGAGGGCCGUGUGCUUAAUGUGACUGGACGUCUGAUUCACAUUAGCACCGCUGAUGAUAUUAGCGACGAUUUUGCAUGCACACCCUAUAUACGCGGCACCCUCGGCAUGCCGCUGCCCGACAAAGGCGUGACAUGGAUUGCGUUAGUGCGACGCGGACGUUGCACGUUCGAGGAUAAGGUGAAGCAUGUGCAUCAGUACAACGCCGCCGGGGUCAUAAUCUACAAUGAUAAGCAGGUUAUGCAGCUGGAGAAGAUGCAGAUCAAGAAUAAGAAUCGCAAUAUUGCUGCUGUGAUUACGUAUCAAGCGAUUGGACUCGAUCUGGCCAGCACCGUUGACAAAGGAAUUAAUGUAACCAUUUCCAUUAUCGAGGGACGACGGGGUGUGAGAUCUGUCAGUAGUUUAAAUCGCACUUCUGUUCUAUUUGUGUCGAUAUCGUUCAUUGUGCUAAUGAUUAUUUCGUUGGUGUGGCUUAUCUUUUACUACAUACAGAGAUUCCGUUAUAUGCAAGCAAAGGAUCAGCAGUCGCGCAAUCUUUGCUCAGUAACAAAGAAGGCCAUUAUGAAAAUUCCAACUAAGACGGGCAAGAUGACCGAUGAGAAGGACUUGGACAGUGACUGCUGUGCCAUAUGCAUUGAGUCCUACAAGCCCGCUGAUAUAAUACGCAUACUGCCCUGCAAACACGAGUUCCACAAGAACUGCAUCGAUCCAUGGCUGAUUGAGCAUCGCACCUGCCCCAUGUGCAAGCUGGAUGUGCUCAAGUUCUACGGCUAUGUGUUUCUGGGCAGUGAGGAGAGCAUCUUGGAGUAUGAGCCGGAGCGGAUCGCCCGCAACGUCAAUUCCCCGAAUCCUGCGAUUGGUGUGACUCAGGAAACAGCGACGUCGAUGGCGAUGGCAGCGGCGCCAGCGACACAGGCUCCAAUCCAGUCGAGCGCCUUGGCCGAUCUGAUACGCAGCCGCGACUUUGUGAUAGAUUUCCCGCGCGUCUUUGUCCUGAACAGCGGCAGCGUGGUAGGUGCCCGCGAGAUGCUCUUCCCAACCCGCUUGCCAGAACGAUCGCAGAGCUCGUUGUCGUUGCGACAGGCACGCGACUGGAUGGCUCAGAUGAGCAACAAGCUGGAGGAGCAGCAGGGCCUGCGACGUCUGCGCAAGGAUGAAAUGCAGCAGCAACUGCUAAGUACCAGGGACUCAGCUCGGCAACGUCGCUCGCGCUCCGCUGAUGGACGCUAUGCGACCGGGUGCUUUGGUCGUCAGCGGCAGUCGGUGGGGCAGGCAGCAGCAACCAGCACGUUGCCACAGCCUGAGGUGGGGCAAUUGCGACGUACCAGCUCCACUCAAACGCUGCAGCAGCUGACGGAUGCCUCGUAUGCCCAGUCGCGCCAGAAGCAGCGGGAAACCUUCGACUUUGCACGCACUCGUCGCCGCUUCAUGGGACGGCAGGACGACGAGAUAUCCUUGCAAUCGCUGCCUAGACGUGUCGCACCUCUACCUCCCGCCCCCGCUCCCGCCCAUCCACAGCGUGAGCGUGGCGAGACUGAGGCCAGCGAUUACAUCACCAUCCAGGUGAAUGGAGAGGGCGUCGAUCUCAAUGAGUAGUCGAGUUGACUGCCAACGCUCGCAACGUCUCUGUAGAUUUGUAAAAAGUAUUCUGUUUAAAGUGUAAAUUAUACUGCUGUUAUCUCUAUAUCGCUUAAAAUACCCUGUAAUAUUAUUCGCUCCUGCGAGAAUUAAAUAUAAUACUUUUGCUUUGC